GGGCCGGAUGGCCAGGGCCGGACUCCUGCUGCUGCCCCUUCUCCUCUGCUUCGGGCCAGAGACCGCCGGGAGCAUCAACCCGGAUGCACUUAGAGAGAUCGUGGAUCAUGUGACUCGGAAUGGGGGAGUUAACAAGCAAUACGCCUUCGCGGCCACACUGCCCCACGGCAUCUGCAGAAACCCCCAGGAUGUGUCCACCUUUCUGCCUCUGACCCAGCUGGCAGAAAUGAGACGGAGCAUUCGCCAGUUUGGAGACCUGUACAACCCGCCCCAUGGGAACAUCGUGGCCGCCCGGCCGAAGAACGUGGUCACCCCCCAGAGGAACUACACAGAGCACAGCGAGUGGCGCCUGCUCUCCGGCACAAGGAGUCUCGUGGCCCAGCUGAAAAACAGGACCUACGGCCAGAACAGCUGCCUCAUCUUAUUCAGCUUCAACUCGCCCUGCUCCACCAAGUGCCUGCGCCAGGCCGGGCGGGACAACAUCGUGCAGAUGACCAGCGACGCCUUCCACCCCCUCGACAACAACUACAAGGCCUUCGUCUUCCAGCAAAUAUUCGACUACGACCUGAAGCCGGAAGUGACCUGCCAGGGUCUGCUGGGUGCCUGGCACCGGCUGCGCGACGUCCCCUUGCUGCGCUGUGACAACAACGGCUGCAGGGACUGCGCGGCGGCGGCACCUCAGAACCACCCCUGCCUGGCGGGGAAGAGAUGCAUUGCGAAAGGGUUGUGAAAGGCCUUUGCAAGUAAACUUACAGUUGAUUCAUGACCAUUACUCAAUAUUGCAGGAAUAAACGUAAGUCAAAUCUGCGAAGUGCAGCAAAACUUGAGAGAACAGCUUUCCUGGUACCUAACUGCAACAUUUCCAGCCCUUUUCUUCGUUCUGGAAAUCAGUCCAAGAAUCAUAGAAUACUAGAACUGGAAGGAAUCGCGACAGGUCAUCGACUCCAGUCUCCUGUCCUCACAGCAAGAUCAAGUACAGCAAGAUCGAUUAAGGGGUACUCGAGAGAAGUCAGGGGGGAGGGUAAGUCAACACAACUGAAAUGUGGAGACAACUG